CGAAUAUGAAAAACGCAAACAAGACAUGUAUUGACGUUAUUAUUACCUAAGUUAGCUGUGUGCUUUUCCGCUAUAUUAAUUUACCGACACGGCCCUCUAUUCGCUAUCUGCCACGUUUCGUCCAUGCGCGGAAAUCGCAUAAUUCUACACUAUUUCUACAGCACUGGCUUGAACGCAGCAGUUCGUUCAGCUAGCAUUAGCUCUUGCUGUAGUGCUAUGAGUUGAGCACGACUGAAGUGCUGGGAAUGCAGCCACCGCUCCCACCUGAGGCAGUCCGAGAACUGGUGUGCUCCUGUCUGCACAGAGACCCAGUAGCAGCAGACCUCCGCUGCAGCCUGUUUGUUGCCGCUGCACAGAACUACAAGAGGGACUCUUUGCUCAGACCCUUUCCCCCUAGAUACAUAAGUGGUGACAAUAAGGACUUUGAGGAGCUGUUGGCAGAUGUGCAUUCUUUGCCUGGUGUGAGAGAGCUGGUGAGACUACGACCCAGAGAGGGAGAUCAUCAUCUGGCUCUCACACACUGGAUUCUCUCUUCAAAGAGCUUUGCUGUGAAGACAUUACAGAAAGAUGAGUAUGCCAAACUUUGUAACCUGACGGAAAAUGAAGGGAUUUCUGCACCUGUGCCAGACUUCCUGUUUGCGCUGGAGUACUGUGAUCAGAUGAACGCCAGGUUUGAGAAGAUGAGGGAAGGUAGAGACAUCUUCUAUGCAUUCCACGGGAGCCGCCUGGAAAACUUCCACUCAAUCAUUCACAAUGGGCUGCAUUGUCACCUCAAUAAGAACUCAGUGUUUGGAGAGGGGACCUACCUCACCAGUGACCUCAGCAUGGCUGUCCUCUACAGUCCCCACAGCAGCGGCUGGCGAGAGAGUCUCCUGGGUCCACUGCUCAGCUGUGUUGCCUUGUGCGAAGUCAUUGAUCACCCAGAUGUGAAGUGCCAGGUGAAGAAAAAAGAUUCUGAAACCAUUGACCGUCAGCGCUCAAGAGCAAAGAACAGCGAAGGAGGGGACGUACCGGAGAAGUACUUUGUAGUCACCAACAAUCAGCUUUUGCGAGUCAAGUACCUGCUUGUUUACUCUCAGAGGAGGCACCUGUCCAGACGUUCCCGCAGCACAUCCUGGCUCCUCAGGCACCAUUUUGCCAUCAUGAUGAGUCUCUACCUUCUGCUGCUCAUAUUCAUCGGUGCCUUUAACUCCAACACCUUCGUAUCCUUUUGGAACAGACUGUUCAGGUGACAAGACAACAGAAGAGACGGCCUGGAUGUUUGUUAUCCCCCGUGCCUUCCUGAUCACAGACUGACUGGAGGCUUGGCAAAGAUAAAGUUUGAUGCACCUUUUAUACUGUUUUUCUCUCUACAAGUGUUCUGUAUUUGUACAAAUGAAAUGGGUAAUAAGACAAUGCUGCAUUUUGAAAUUGUUAUGCAAUUUUUCAUCUGUAAUUUCUUUGGUUUAUUAAACACUGUUUUGUCCCCGAUAAUAUCUGAUGUGGGUUUAGUCCUGAGAGAACACAGUCCUACUAACCAAAGGGUUAAAAGUAAAAAACAUCAUGUUGUUGAAAUAAGUGUACAGCAAAGGGUCAAGCAUUAAGUUGUCUUUUUUUUUUUUUUUUUUUUUGUUAGGUCUUAAGUUCUGAGACAUAUUAGCACAUUAACUGAUCGCAUUGACUCAUUAGCGCCAGUGACUCCUGAUCUGUUGAUCAGGCACUAAUGACAAUGUGUCGCAGUUUAAAUUCUUACUUUGUAAUGUUAUGAUUUUGUGCGACUCAGUUAUGGGUAGGACCUUUUUAUAACCCAUUAUUUAAGUGUAACUUUAAGGUAUUGAAUAUAAUGGUAAGGUUUAAUAAAGGAAAAAUAUGAGGUUAUAAAUACAUGCAUUUGGAUCACAAAAAGGCUAAUGAUAACCUCAUUUAUAAUAAUUUCAGAUAUGCUUUUAAUAAACUGUAUAUUCGCUUAGGCAACACCUUCUGAUUGAAUGAAUUUGUUACAAUUUUUGACACCAAUAAAACAAUACUUUUUAAGUUG